GAUUGGGAUGACGAGGAGGGCUACUACUGUGCACAGGUGGGUGAGCUCUUGGAAGAGCGCUACCUCGUGCAGGACACGGUCAGCGGCCGCGGUGUUUUCUCCAACGUCGUCAAGGCGAAGGAUACGAAGAGCGAAGGAGAGCCGCUAGUGGCGCUCAAGAUCAUCCGCUCCAACGAUAUGAUGAAGAAGGCCGCGGAGCGUGAAGUCGAGAUCUUGCAGACCUUGAACAACGCGGACAAGGCCAACAAGAGGCAUAUUAUCAGACUCAUCGAAACCUUCUACUACAGAAAGCACAUCUUCCUGGUCUUCGAGUGCAUGGCGGAGGACCUCCGCGGCGCUCUGAAGAAGUACACCAAGAACAGAGGCAUCUCACUACCGGUCGUCAAGGCAUACACGAAGCAGCUUCUCGUUGGCGUCCGCCACAUGCACAAGUUCAACAUCAUCCACGCAGACCUGAAACCUGACAACAUUCUGAUCAGCCAAGACAACAGUAUCGUCAAGCUCUGCGACUUCGGCACUGCUGUGGAGCAGAAAGAUGUGGGCGUGUCUCCGUACCUCAUGAGCCGGUUUUAUCGGCCAAGUGAAGUUAUCCUGGGCUGCGAGUACGGAAUUCCCGUGGAUGUGUGGGCGCUUGCCUGCACUCUCUACGAGAUCUUCACCGGGAAGACCUUAUUCCAGGGCAAGACCAACAACGACAUGCUCAAGCGCAUCAUGGAUGUGAAGGGGAAGAUCCCCAAGAACGUGAUUCGCAAGGGCGCGGUCUGGAAGAAUCAUUUCGAUGAGAACCUGGACUUCAAGUUCGUUGACAAAGAUGCCCUGUCGGGUGAGGAGAUCGUCCGGAUCGUCACGGAUAACAGCUGCAAGAGGGAACUCAAGGAGUUUCUCCUUGAUCGGCUGGGUCCCGAGAAGCAGAAGUCGCAGGAGCGUGAGGAUCAACAGUACGUGAAGAAAACUUUGCAUUUUGCCGAUCUGUUGGACAAGAUGUUAGCGCUUGAUCCUGAUAAGCGGCUGAGCGCGGAAGACGCCCUGAAGCAUCACUUCGUCGAGGAUCCCAGGGAAAAGAAAGCCGCAGCAGCUGCCGCGCCGAACGCUUCAGGCCCCACCCAAGUGCCGCCAUCGGCGACUGGGAGAACCUCCUCUGGGAAAACCUCCGCUGGCCACAAGAAAAGGUCUGAGAGAUAG